GGUACCUUCCCCACCUCCGCCGCUGCCUGAUCGGUUUGUGCUCCCGCCGAGGGCGCCCUGCCGCUCGGCCCUUCGGGCAUGAGACCGUGAGGCCGGCGACGGGCCGGGACCGCCGACAUGUUUGGCCGCUCGCGGAGCUGGGUGGGCGGGGGCCAUGGCAAGUCCUCCCGCAACAUCCACUCCUUGGACCACCUCAAAUACCUGUAUCAUGUUUUGACCAAAAACACCACAGUCACAGAACAGAACCGGAACCUGUUAGUGGAGACCAUCCGUUCCAUCACCGAGAUCCUGAUUUGGGGAGACCAGAAUGACAGCUCUGUGUUUGACUUCUUCCUGGAGAAGAACAUGUUCGUCUUCUUCCUGAACAUCCUGCGGCAGAAGUCCGGCCGCUAUGUGUGUGUGCAGCUGCUGCAGACCUUGAACAUCCUCUUUGAGAACAUCAGCCACGAGACAUCACUUUAUUAUUUGCUCUCUAAUAACUAUGUCAAUUCUAUCAUUGUCCAUAAGUUUGACUUUUCCGAUGAGGAGAUUAUGGCAUAUUAUAUAUCAUUCCUGAAAACCCUCUCAUUAAAACUCAACAACCACACCGUCCACUUCUUUUACAAUGAGCACACGAAUGAUUUUGCCCUGUACACAGAAGCCAUCAAGUUUUUCAACCACCCUGAAAGCAUGGUUAGAAUUGCUGUCAGAACCAUCACCUUGAACGUCUACAAAGUGUCAUUGGAUAACCAGGCCAUGCUGCACUAUAUCAGAGAUAAAACGGCUGUCCCUUACUUCUCCAACUUGGUCUGGUUCAUCGGGAGCCACGUGAUCGAACUGGAUAACUGUGUGCAGACUGACGAGGAGCACCGCAACCGGGGCAAGCUGAGCGACCUGGUGGCUGAGCACCUGGACCACCUGCACUAUCUCAACGACAUCCUGAUCAUCAACUGCGAGUUCCUCAACGACGUGCUCACCGACCACCUGCUCAACAGGCUCUUCCUGCCGCUCUAUGUGUACUCGCUGGAGAACCAGGACAAGGGAGGAGAACGACCGAAAAUCAGCCUGCCUGUUUCUCUCUAUCUCCUGUCGCAGGUCUUCCUAAUUAUACAUCACGCGCCCCUGGUGAACUCGCUAGCUGAAGUCAUUCUGAAUGGAGAUCUGUCUGAGAUGUUCGCUAAGACAGAGCAGGAUGUUCAGAGAAGUUGUGCCAAGCCCAGCAUCCGGUGCUUCAUUAAACCCACCGAGACGCUGGAGCGAUCCCUCGAGAUGAACAAGCAGAAGGGCAAGAGGCGGGUGCAAAAGAGACCCAACUACAAAAAUGUUGGGGAGGAAGAAGAUGAAGAGAAAGGGCCCCCUGAAGAUGCCCAAGAAGAUGCCGAGAAGGCCAAAGGCCCAGAGGCUGGCUCUAAGGGCGCCAGGGCGAGUGUGGAGAAUGAAGAGAUCGAGAUGGUCAUCAUGGAGCGCAACAAGCUCCCGGAGCCAGCAGCCGGCCCCUCGGUGCAAGAGCAGAACACCACGGAUGAGGAGAAGAGCGCCGCCACGGGCCUGGACACCACGCCCUGGAACAGGCCCUUCCUGGAGAUGGUGUAUCACGCGCUGGACAGCCCCGAUGACGAUUACCAUGCCCUCUUCGUGCUCUGCCUCCUCUAUGCCAUGUCUCACAACAAAGGCAUGGAUCCCGAGAAGCUGGAGCGAAUCCAGCUCCCAGUGCCGGGUGCGGCCGAGAAGACCACCUACAACCACCUGCUGGCCGAAAGGCUCAUCAGGAUCAUGAAUAAUGCAGCCCAGCCAGACGGGAAGAUCCGGUUGGCGACGCUGGAGCUCAGCUGCCUGCUCCUGAAGCAACAGGUGGUGACCAAGGGCUGCAUCAUCAAGGACGUGCACCUGGCCUGCCUGGAGGGCGCGAGAGAAGAAAGUGUCCACCUCGUCCGGCACUUCUACAAGGGAGAAGAGAUUUUCCUGGACAUGUUUGAAGACGAGUACAGGAGCAUGACAAUGAAGCCCAUGAAUGUGGAGUAUCUCAUGAUGGACGCCUCCAUCCUGCUGCCCCCAACAGGCACGCCACUGACGGGCAUUGACUUCGUGAAGCGGCUGCCCUGUGGCGACGUGGAGAAGACGCGAAGGGCCAUCCGGGUGUUCUUCAUGCUGCGGUCCCUGUCUCUGCAACUGCGAGGGGAGCCCGAGACCCAGUUGCCACUGACGCGGGAGGAGGACCUGAUCAAAACGGACGACGUCCUAGACCUGAACAACAGCGACCUGAUCGCCUGCACGGUCAUCACCAAGGACGGCGGCAUGGUCCAGCGGUUUCUGGCUGUCGAUAUUUACCAGAUGAGUCUGGUGGAGCCGGACGUGUCCAGGCUUGGCUGGGGAGUGGUCAAGUUCGCAGGCCUGCUGCAGGACAUGCUGGUGACGGGCGUGGAGGAUGACAGCCGCGCCCUGAAUAUCACCAUCCACAAGCCUGCGUCCAGCCCCCACUCCAAGCCCUUCCCCAUCCUCCAGGCCACCUUCAUCUUCUCCGACCACAUCCGCUGCAUCAUAGCCAAGCAGCGGCUGGUCAAGGGCCGCAUCCAGGCGCGGCGCAUGAAGAUGCAGAGGAUCGCCGCCCUCCUGGACCUCCCGAUCCAGCCGACUCCCGAAGUCCUGGGCUUUGGCUUCGGCUCGUCCUCGUCCGCCCAGCACCUGCCUUUCCGCUUCUACGACCAGAGCCGCCGCGGCAACAGCGACCCCACGGUGCAGCGCUCGGUGUUCGCGUCGGUGGACAGGGUGCCGGGCUUUGCCGUGGCCCAGUGCAUAAACCAGCACAGCUCGCCGUCGCCGCCGUCGGCCAGCGGGAGCCCCAGCGGCAGCGGGAACACCAGCCACUGCGACUCAGGAGCCAGCUCUCUGUCCACCCCUUCUGCCUCCCAGAGCCCAACAGGAGUGGCAGGAAAGGACGCCGGCGAGUGUUCAGCCUGUCGGAGGCCGACAGUCACGGCGGCCACUGGGUUUAGUGCUUCGACCGGCAGCUGUCACGGCAACUCCCGCACGGUCCACGCAGAUGACUCCCUGACGACAGAACCGCCUCAGCCUCACCUCCCUGACCAGCUGGCGACGGUCAGCGAAACAGAAGCAGACGCCAGGCCCGGCAAGACCCCGGCAAGGAGCGCAGACGUGGACACCGCCAACCUGUCCCCCAGCCUCGUCCCCGCGCCGCAGCCCACCAUCUCGCUGCUCUGCGAGGACACUGCCGACGCGCUGAGCGUGGAGUCGCUGACCCUCGUCCCUCCCGUGGACCCCUGCAGCCUCCGCACCCUCACCAGCAUCCCCCCGUCGCCCACACCCGCUGCCAGGGCCGCGCCCCCAGGGGAAGAGGCUGCUCACCCCGAGCCCGAGCCCGAGCCCGAGGACGCUGCUGAGCACUGAGGGGCCUCUGCCAGGGCUGGCAGGGCCCCGCCGGGGCGCCCCAGCUCUCCAAGGCCCCGCACCCUGCAGCCACCUCUCCUGCCCUCCCGCGCUCCCUUAGAAUCCAGGUCGGAACCUCUGAGCGCAGGCGGGGACUGCGGGGCGCCCCCCUGUGACCCAGCGGCCCAUGGAGGAGCCGGGCUCCUGGUCUCGGGGGCUCCUGGGCCGAGUGGCCGGACGCCUGCUCCCAGCCUCGAGCUCCUCUGUCAUUCUCCCCCGUAUGCACAGAAGAAGCAGACAAGGUCACUUUGAGUAGAAAUUUGUAGAACUUAGAUAAGCAUCUCCUUUGGGUAUUUAUUUCUGCUUUGGCAGCAGAUGACAAACAUUUAUUUAAAAAAGUCUUUAAAAAAAAAUCCAAAACAUCUUCCACCGUCAGGUUGGAUGUCACAGGUCUCACUUUCGUUUUCCCUUGAACGUCCCAGCGUUUUGGCGUGAGAGUUCCUGGCCUGACUUUGGCCACUUUCCUCAAGGAUUCUCACUUCUGUACGACUCGCUAACUCUGCAAGCCGGUGGAACGAUCAAGUACCUUCUUGGAAAGCCUAGAAUAUUUUUUAAGCAAAACUGAAGAAGACACAGGUAUUCUCAGGUACACACAGCGCCCAGAGCCAGAGGCUUCUCGGCCGCGCAGCCGGGAGGCCUGGCGUGACCUGAGGACCGGCCAGGAGGGGGCACGGCCAGCCCCCGCUACAGGCCGCCCUCGCCCCGCUCCUCAAAGCCAGACUGGACCCUUUUUGACCCUCAUCUUCAGUUGCUGACCCCGCGUUUGACCCACUCGGACCUAGAAGACAGCAGCCCCCGCUGGUGCCAGGGAAGGAAAGUCGGGGGGAGGGCCUUUGCUGGGGUGCAAGGGCAGCAACCCAGGGAUGGCCCCAGGCCGGGGUCCUCACCCUGGGGGCUCAGGCAGUUUCUGAAGCGAGCGCUGGGCGUGUGCAGGCUGCCGCUCGGCCAGGCACAGCCCAGCCACCUGCCCGCCCGGGUCCUGUGGAGACCAGCGCGAGGCCCCCUCAGCCCGGCACCAAGAUGCUGUGCCUGCGUGUCCGGAGAGGCUGCAGCACCCAUCUGCCGCCCUUCCACCAACUGUCCGGCGUGUCCCGCCGCCCCCUCUGACUGCCAGCAGGCUCCCCGGAGGAGGGCCCCUCCACGCCCCCAUGGAGACGGCCCCUGUGGGUGCGCUCACCAGCUCACAGAGAAAGGCCCCUGCUGUAAGAGGAGGCCAUUUUGGCAGAAGUCCCUGGGGCCCCGGAGGGAGGGCCCAGCCAAGACAGCCCAGAAGCCCAGGAAGGAAAGGCCCAGGCUGGGUGGAGACCGGGAGAGGAGCGGGCCGGGCCGCACUGGUGCUCAAUUUUGAGAGGACGCUGGAGCAGCAGGAGGAGAGAAGGCCACGCUUCCCAGGCCUUGUGCUGGGAGCCUGCAGAGGGGCCCGGGCCUCCUCGGCACCUCCAACCUGCCAUUCCAAACCCUGUGGCUGCUGAGCACCAAAGGGAGGCCCAGGGGCUGGGGGGCUGCGGCCAGAGAGCUGAACACGGGCUGCCGACCAGGCGGUGCCCCUCAGGCCAGUCUUCUGCCUGCGCCCCCACGGGGCCAGCCUCAGGGGCCGGCAAGGUGGUCCCGGGCCUCUGGUGUCGGCUAGAGCGAGGCAGAGCCAAGAAUUCCUGAAGAGCCAGAGCGGGCGGCUGUGGCACCAGCACACGGGCCAGGCCGGCCUCAGCCAUCGGCCGCCACCUCCAGGUCCCUGCAAAGAAAGGGGCCACCGUCCCCAGGCCCACCACUGGGCCCCUGGCAUUGCCUAGUCAGCAACAGGACUGGCUACAUGACCCCCUCAAGCUUUGCCUUUGGAAGUUAUUGUGAAGUUGGGGCGUGAGUGUGCCCCAGCAGGUCCCACAGGCAAGGCAGGCGCUCCCGCCAGAAAGAACGGGACCCGCCCCAAAGCCACCUCGAGGACUUGCGAUGGAACCCCCCAAAGAGGGUCCGCCUGCAGUAGCAAGACCCCCGGGGAGGGGGUAGGACACGCCUCUUGGCCACACACGCGAGUCCUCCGAGGUCUCGAGCAGCCCUGAAAAAGCCCGGGUGAACCGAUUCUCAUUUCCCCAGACGCAAUAAAUAAGAAAUAUUUAAUGGAGUCGUGUUGAC